AUGGCAAGCUCCUUCGAGAAGAGCGUGAAGGGCGGGACGAAGAUAAAGCUCGCGGCCCCCAAGUCAAAGUAUGUCGAACACAUCCUCGUCGCGACCCAUGCAGGCGAAGCCGGCGUCGCUGAGAUCUUCCGCGCCCUCACCAACCGCCUGCGCGACUCGACCUGGACCAUCGUCUUCAAGAGCCUGAUCAUCGUACAUCUUAUGAUUCGCGAGGGCGAACCAGAAGUCACCUUGAAGUACCUGGCGCAAAACCCCCAGCGGAAGCUCGCCAUCAAUUCGUUUACAGAGGUGCAGACGCAGGGCCACAACAUCAGAACCUACACCGAAUACCUGCUCCGUAGGGCCAUCGAGUAUGGCGCAACCAAAGUCGACUACGUGCGUGGCGGCGAGGGCCGACUGAAGCGGUUAACGGUCGAGAAAGGUCUUCUCCGAGAGGCAGAAAGCGUUCAAGAGCAGCUUAGAUACCUGCUGAAGUGCCAGCCAUUCGACGAUGAACCUGAGAAUGAGAUCACACUGACUGCUUUCCGCUUGCUUACCAUGGAUCUGUUGGUCUUGUUCCACGUCAUGAACGAAGGCACCAUCAAUGUUCUAGAACAUUACUUCGAAAUGUCAAAACCUGAUGCAACACGCGCCUUGGCCAUCUACCGGACCUUCGCAAGGCAGACCGAGGCAGUCGUUCAGUAUCUCAGCCUGGCUCGCUCGCACGAACACUCAACGAGACUAGAGAUACCCAAGAUCAAGCAUGCUCCGACAGGUUUGGCGGCAUCGUUGGAGGAGUAUCUAAACGACAAAGACUUCGAAAUAAAUCGACGACAGUACAUUGCCGAGAAAGAGGCUAAGAAGAAUGGCGGGAAGCCCACCAACGGUGCAAGUAAUGGAGCCAGCAAAGCCUCAGAGCCACGAUCAACAACAUCAAGCCAGCCCAACAGCCAGCCCAACAGCCAGCCGCAAGCAGCGGCACCACAGACCAAUGUCAGUGCGCCUCUUAUUGACCUGUUCGCCUCGUUGCAAGACAAUCAGCAGACUAUGGCUACUCACGCGCCGAUACAACAACAAUUUCCGCAACAGACGGGCUUCGACCAAGCAAUCCAACAGCAAGGUUAUCAACAGCCGGGUUUCCAGAUACCUCAGCAGACCGCAAACGAUAUGGCCUUCAGUCAACAACAGCAGCCGUUCAUGCCACAACAUACACAGAGCACGAAUCCAUUCCAGAUGCAACAGCAACCGCAACCGCAACUCCAACAGCAGCAACUUCAGCCACAGUUCACAGGUGCCGGGUUUGGCGGUUACACGCCUCAGCCAUUCAGCCCACAAAACAGCCUUGCGCCGAUACCUCAAAAUGGCGUGCCAGACUUCUCGCAGCAACAGCAAAUGCAGCUUCCUACUAUCGCUGAACCGAUACAACAACAGCAAACAUCCACCAACCCAUUCCGCCAGUCUAUGCUACCAAAUAUGACGGGCGCAGCUGAGCCGAAGCUUCUCAACAACCCCACCGGUGCAAGCUCACCCGGUCGCUCUGCAACGAAUCCAUUCGCAAAACAGACCACAGGUUUUCAACAGCAAUCCCUACCACCGAUGGGGUCGUUGCCGUUCGGCGCCCCGUCAUUCCAGCCAUCCCCGUUCGCACCGCAACAACAGCAAGCACAGCCACUCCAGCCUACCCCUACAGGCACAAACCCUUUUGCGAGGAAUGCUUCUCCACAGAAUGCCACAUCUCCACCGGGUGGUCUCUCGGUACAUGCAACUGGAAGUACGAACCCUUUCAGACAAAGCGCAUUUGUCAACCAGCAGACCGGGCAAGGCUGGCAGAACACCGGCGGCGGCACGAUUGGUGGCGUGAGCAUGGAUCAGGUACCUACCCAAAGUGUGUUCCCACGCCCUGGACAACAACAGCAAACGCAAAACUUUCUCGGUUGA